CAGUUUUCGAUACGUCGCGUGGAAGAUCUAACAACAUCCCAUUAGAGGUCGCGUCAGAGUUCAACAUGAAUGCAUUAUCUUAUUUAUAACUAGCCAAUCAAAAUACGGGUAAACCUUUUCAUUUAGCUAAUCAGAUAGCAGCUUUCUCGCUUGAUUCGGUUCAGCGUACAAAAUGGCGGAUUCUUCGAUUGAAGCGAUCGUAAAUGAUCUAUUACCAGUUUUUGGUGUCGAUGCGUUAAAGGACGAACAGAAAUCAAUUCUUCACUGCCUUAUAGACAAAACAGACUGUAUGGCAGUCCUUCCCACAGGCUUUGGAAAGUCCCUACCGUACCAGAUGUACAGUUUGGUGAACCGACGAUUAACGGGUGUUAAAGAAAUCGUAGUCGUGUGUUGUCCACUUGUGGCCUUGAUGCAAGAUCAAGUAGAAAAGAUGUCAAACAUCCCAGAAGUAAAAUCAGCUUAUGCAGGUUCAAGUACACAAAGUGACAUGAACAUCAAAGACGGUUUAGUGGACAUCAUAUAUGCAUCACCAGAGACCCUGGUAGGAGAUCCGGAAUGGAGAGCAAGUAUCCAGGAAUUACCGGUGUCUGUUCUGGUUAUAGAUGAAUUCCACACAAUUGCUACAUGGGGGGACAAUGUUGAAUGUCCAGGCAAAGAAACAUUUCGGAAAUGGUUUAAUGACAUUGGGGAAUUACGCUCCCUCUUCCCAAAGUCAACUGUGCUGGCUCUUAGUGCAACAUGCACAUUAAAGAUCAGAAAGAGAGUAAAGAAAGUAAUACAUUUAGCUGCUGAUGUUAACGAGAUAGUAAUCUCUCCAAAUAAAGCCAAUAUCAGGGUUUUAGUUGCCAAAAUUCCUAACACUGUUGAAAUGUCAAUGCAUUGGUUGAUCGAGGGGCUAAGUCAACUGCGGGAGAAAUUUUCCAGAACCAUAAUAUACUGUACCUCAAUAAAGGAUGUCUCAGAUAUUUACUCGUAUGUAACACAGGAAUUACCAUUUGCUUCAAAUUUAUUGGAAAUGUUUCAUUCUGAGACACCAAGGAGUAGGAAACAAAAAAUCUUGGAAAAUUUGACUAAUCUUUCUGGUGAAAUCAAAAUUGUUAUUGCCACAAGUGCUUUGGGCAUGGGAUUAGAUGUGAAAAAUUGUCACAGUGUCAUUUUAUUUGGACCACCGGUGCAAGUUGUUGACCUUCUACAAGCAAUCGGACGAGUUGGCAGGGAUGGAGAACCUUCGAUUGCCAUUAUUUUAUAUAACUCAUAUCAUCUGAGAAAACUGUCGUCUGAUGUGAAGGAAAUUUUGAGAACAACAGACUGUAGGAGGAUUUCAUUACUGCAGUGUUUUUUGAAAUCAGAAGUUAUUUCAUUGAUUAUGGAGAAAGAAAGUAGAAAACACACAUGUUGUGACUUGUGUAGAAGGAAAUGUGAGUGUCAGAACUGUAGUAUGCUUCCACUGGAAGAAAUUUUUCAUUCAUCAGGAAGCUCAUGUGCUGGUCAGAAUGACAGUGAUAUCUCGGACAGUGGUACAGAAGAGUACUUCUCUAAUAAUGAGCAUGAGCUAGAAAAUUUAGAAUUAUCAUGAAUAAACUUUAAACCCUU